ACCACAGCAGACUAUUCAAGCGCAAAAUCUGGAUUUUUUUCUAUUCCAGACCAACGGCGUAGGGAAAUCAGGAAUGAAAGGGUCUAGGCAUGAGUCGGGUCGAUCAUCCACGCGCCGAGGAGAAAUUCGUGGGAUUAUUCGUGGGAUUGCUCGCCCCGGUUCAUGCCCAAAGACUUUUUCGACAGCACAGCGCUUCGGAGAAAGCAAUGAGAGUCCCGCAACAGUUCUCCGCCUGACGCAUGUUCAGGGGUCUUCGAGCAUACAGAUCACUGAUGUCAUC